GGUGGGGCUUGUUCGAGCACUUCGAAAGCAACAAGUUGUCCAGAGCAGCAGAGAGAGAGAGAGAGAGCGCGAGCCGUGGAGCACAGGCUGGUGGCAGGUGGUCACUCAGCGUUCAUUAGCACUGAAUGGGACAUGUUUUAAUUUCACUCACUCACUCACUCAUGGUGGAGUGAAAGGGAAGCAGAAGAAUAACAACUGUUUCUUUUUCGUUUUUAUUUAGCGUGAGUUAUUCCACGCACGCGGCAAGUGAAGAAUUAACUUAGCUGAUAUAGAGUUUUAUUUACAUUUUUUUUUAAAUCGUCGGUGCGUGGAGACACGAGGUUUCUGUUAUUAAUUUUAUAUAUUCAUUUUCAUUUUUUUUUUUUUUUAAAGUUGAAUGUUGUUGCAUUGCGAAUGAUGGCACUCGCCAGGUUCAGCAAAAUCCUCCGUCUGCCUACACUCGAGAUCAAGAAGAAAGUGAAGCAGUACGAGCACGUCCGUCGGGACGUGAACCCUAACGACAUAUGGGAAAUAGUUGGAGAGCUGGGCGACGGCGCCUUUGGAAAAGUCUACAAGGCCAGGAACAAGGAGACGGAAGCUCUGGCCGCGGCCAAAGUGAUCGAGACAAAGAGCGAAGAAGAGUUGGAGGACUACAUCAUCGAGAUCGACAUCCUGGCCAAAUGUGACCAUCGCUACAUUGUCAAACUGCUCGAUGCGUUUUACCACGACAACAAACUGUGGAUUAUGAUCGAGUUCUGCCCCGGAGGUGCUGUGGAUGCCACAAUGCUCGAGUUGGACCGCGGGCUGACCGAGCCGCAGAUUAAGGUGGUGUGUCGGCAGAUGUUGGAAGCUCUGAUCUACCUCCACAGCAUGAAGAUCAUCCACAGGGACCUGAAGGCCGGCAACAUCCUUCUCAUGCUGGACGGGGACAUCAAGCUUGCUGACUUUGGCGUGUCUGCAAAAAACACCAAGACUCUACAAAGAAGAGACUCUUUCAUUGGAACACCAUACUGGAUGGCCCCAGAGGUGGUGAUGUGUGAGACGAUGAAGGACGCUCCGUACGACUACAAGGCAGAUAUCUGGUCUCUGGGAAUCACGCUGAUCGAGCUGGCCCAGAUCGAGCCCCCGCACCACGAGCUCAACCCCAUGAGGGUGCUGUUGAAGAUCGCCAAGUCGGAGCCUCCCGCUCUGGAGCAGCCGUACAAGUGGUCGCAGGAGUUUAAAGACUUCCUGAAGAGAUCUUUGGAUAAAAACCCAGAGACUCGUCCAACUGCGGCACAACUCAUGGAGCAUCCAUUUGUGAGGUCAGUGACGUCGAACCGUCCUCUGCGGGAGCUGGUGGCCGAGGCCAAGGCUGAGGUCAUGGAGGAAAUCGAGGACAAUAGAGAGGAAGGAGAGGAGGACGACGCCAUGGAGCUCACUGUGUCUCCAGGCAAAGAGCCGUGCCAGACCAGUCAGACCAGUAUGGAAGGGGACCAGUCUUCGGAGACCCCGAGCCCCACCUCACUGGUACCCGUACCCAGGAAGGGAGCCGAGCCGGACACGGCGCCACCAGAGGAGCGGCCGGGCGCUGCCGUGGUGGUCCCCGUUCCUCUACCGCGGCACAAUCUUCCUCCAAAGGACGAAGAAGUCCUCCUCGAGUCGGAGAAGUCUGAGAGUGAGGCCUCGACCAAAACGUCGAGCUCAGACUCUGGCAUCGAGGAUGGAAAGAGUACGCCCACGUCAGAGGACAAGGUUGCUGUGGAGACCCCGGAGACGGAGCAGCCACCGCCCCUCUCCCGUCCCGAGGCGUCUGAGGAGCACGUCGGCAUCUUCAUAGACUCGUCAGACAAAUCGAGAAACGGCCACGUGACCGGGCAGGGGAACCGCGUCAUUAUGUCUAACGGAGACUCGACGAUGCCGAGCCCCGCGGUCACUCCUCCCGCGUCGUCUCCCACACGCUCGUCCGCACCUGUGCUGUUCCCCAAGUCUCGGAGCGGGACAAACGGCAGCCUGACCCCAGAGCGGACGUCGAUGGGAGGAAACAGCGAGUCGGUCUCGCCUUAUAUCAACGGAGGGAUCAUCAACAAGAGGCUCUCCAACGCUGGCAGCAUGGGCUCUGAGAGCAUCUCUAUAUCGAGGGACUUUUCGAGUAAGACUCUGAGGCGGACCAGGAAGUUUGUCAUAGACGGCGUGGAGGUGAGCGUGACCACCUCGAAGAUCAUCGGGGACGAUCACAAGAAAGACGAGGAAAUGAGAUUCCUCAGACGUCAGGAGCUGCGGGAACUUCGCCUGCUGCAGAAGGAGGAGCACCGUGCUCAGGCUGUUCUUAACACCAAGCUGGAAACACAGAAGGAACAAAUGCAGAGACGCUAUGACCAGGACAUGAAUGCCAAGAAGAAGCACUAUGACAUGGAGCUGGAGAACCUGGAGAAGCAUCAGAAGCAGGCCGUGGAGAAGAUGGAGGGCGACCACAGCGAUAAACUCAAACAUGAGUCCAGGCGCAUCAAAGCGGACCAGGAGCGAGACCUGCACAAGUUUCAGGAUAUGAUGAAACACAAGAAAAAGGAGGUGAAACAGUCUGUGGACAAACUGCCGAGGAGUCAGCGCAAAGACACGCUGAAGCAGAGGAUGAAUUCCUUCCAGGAAAUCAAGACGAAAGACGAGGAGAAAUUCCUGCUCCAGCAGAAGAACUUCCUGGACACCACGCUGAUGAAGAUCAUCUCCAACAACAAGAGGGAGAUCGCAGAGAUGGAGAGGGAGUGCCUGAACAAGAAGCAAGACCUGAUAAGAGAGCGUGAAGCAACAAUCUGGGACAUGGAGGAGAAAUUCCUCUAUGAAAGACACCAGUUACUGAAGCAGCAGCUCAAAGAUCGCUAUUUCCUUCAGAGGCACCAGCUUCUGAAGAAACACGAGAAGGAGCAAGAGCACAUGCAGUGCUACAAUCAGAGGAUGAUUGAGAUUUUGAAAAGUCGGCAGCAGCUUGAGAAGCACCGGCUGCCAAAGAUCCAGCGCGGCGAAGCCAAGACCCGCAUGGCCAUGUUCAAGAAGAGCCUCCGCAUCCACUCCAUGGGAAGCUCCUCGGAUGCCCGAGAGAAGAUCAAACAGUUUUCUCAGCAGGAGGAGAAGCGUCAGAAAUCCGAGCGGCUGCAUCAGCAGCAGAAACAUGAGAGCCAGAUGAGGGAGAUGGUCGGUCAGUGUGAGGGCAACAUCCGAGAGCUGCAGCAGCUACAGAAUGAAAAAUGUCACCUGUUGGUUGAGAACGAGACGCAGAGGCUCAAACAUCUGGACGAGCAACACACGCAGCUGAUGAAGGACUGGCGGGAACAGCUGAAACCAAGAAAGAAGGCUCUCGAAACAGAGCUGAACCAGAAGAAAAAGGAGCAGGAGGCUUUCUUCAGGGUCAGUGAAAUCUCCGACUGCCCCAAUCCCAGCUCUCCACAUAAACUCUCCAAGUUUGUGCCUUUCCAAGACUCUUCGACCACAUAGAAGCAGCUACUGUGAUCAUUUACCCCAUCCCAUAAUCCCUCUGACUCUCUAUCCCUCCAUGAGAUUCAUGCUUAACUCAAUAAAAUCUGAUUCUAUACAACAAAAAAACAACUUUAGUGAGGAUACCAAGCUAAUUUGGUUGGAUAAUCCCUGUAGUUUUGUAAAUUGGUACAGGGAAUUCAUUUUUUACACACAAAAGAAAGAUUUGUUUCCACUAAAGCACUUUUUGUUUAACCAAACUUACGAGUGCCGUCUUCCAAAUGUGACCAAAACGACACCCAAAUAUAAGAAUCACUGACAACCUCGUCCCUAUUUCCUGUCUUAGCUUUUUUCACCUGCUCGUCCCAAAGCAGACGCAUGUUGUAUAGCUGCCAAAGUAUUUAUUUUUACUGAUAAGAAAAAAGGAAAAAAUCUUAUCCAAAUUUAUCACUGUAAAAGUUAAUAUAAAUGUUUUUUUUCUUCUUUUAACAAACACUCACGGUAUGAAGGAUUUUUUUUCUCUCAUUAUUUGCAAUCGUGUUUAAAUUAUUUCGGGGGUGAGGCUGUUAUUUCAAGGUUUUCUACGUUUAUAUUUGACUUUUUAAAUCAUUAUUUAGCAAUUACAUUUUUUACAGACAAAGGAAGGGACUAAUAAUGAUAAUAAACGGCGUAGCGUGGAUGUGAUGUUAUCGUUUCUGUUGUUUUCUUACUGUAAAAAUCAGUUACACUGGAUGGGAACUGACGAAGCCAAAGUAUAUGAUGGACGUUCUUACAGGGGAUUUAAUUCUAUACUUUUAUUCUUUAAAAAAAAAAAAAGAAGGUAUUAUGUGUUUUAAUUGCGCAGUAAACACUGCCUGCUAACCAAAGUGCAAUAUUACAUGUCUGUUCUUUUGCUUAUUUGAGUUUUUAUUGGUUUUUUUAUGCCUUCUUUGCACUGAGAGACGGGAAAUGAUAGAAAACAUUUAAACCAGAAUCAGCUUUUUUGGACGGAGACGACGUUGAUUAAAGUUAUUCUUAUUGUA